AUGGCUGCUUAUGGGCUGUGCAUAUGGGAGAGUGCGCCGGUAUUCCUGCCUGGGCUUACGGCGGAGAAGGACGGUCUUUCCAUUAGGGUCUCCGAGUCUGCGUCCGAGUCGGAUACCCGAAAUAAAGACGUUGACUAUAAUAAGUCGCUAGUCAUUGCUGGUCGGCACUUUCCAUACCCCCACAUAAAAGCAGCAUUCCAGGUCUUUGGCGCAGUUAGUACGGGUGAAUUUGUCAAGUUCAUUGUCGUUAAAUACUUUGCGACCCUAUCGCCUAGUAUACUCACUUCGGCAUCUUUGAGUACCGUGGAUUGGCCGCGAACUAGGACUAUGCAAUUGAAGCCGCCAGCACUGGACUCUGGAAUAUGCGUUUAUCAGUUUAGCAUCGUCGGAACAUUCGUAUCGUCCUCUGCUCACCUACUCACCUCUGUGGUUAGGUGA